UUGAUACCUCCCUCCGGAAUUAUUUGACAGUGACAGUUCUUUUUCGUCACCAUCAAGCAGUCGUCAACAUGGGAAAGCCCCGUGGUUUAAGGACAGCCAGAAAACACGUUAAUCACAGAAGGGACCAGCGAUGGGCCGACAAGGACUACAAAAAGGCCCAUUUGGGAACCAGAUGGAAGGCAAAUCCCUUCGGAGGUGCUUCCCACGCCAAGGGAAUUGUACUUGAAAAAGUCGGUGUAGAAGCCAAACAACCUAACUCUGCUAUUCGUAAGUGCGUGAGGGUACAAUUAAUCAAAAACGGUAAAAAGAUUACUGCUUUUGUACCCCGUGACGGUUGUCUCAAUCAUAUUGAAGAAAACGAUGAAGUCUUGGUUGCCGGUUUCGGUAGGAAAGGUCACGCUGUAGGAGAUAUUCCCGGGGUUAGGUUUAAGGUGGUUAAAGUAGCCAAUGUGUCCCUAUUAGCCUUGUACAAAGAAAAGAAGGAGAGGCCAAGAUCUUAGGUUAUUAAGUUUUUUUUUUUAUUAUAAACUUGUGUUUGAAAUAAAAAUGCAAGUUUAAAGAAAAGGUGUUUUAUUUAAUUUUUUCAAUUAGUUGUGAUUAUUUUUGUAAUAAAUUUGUUUUCAAUUUGAAGGU